AACCCGCUUGUCACAUGCCAUAUGUAAUAGAUCACUGGCUCUAGGCUCCUCCAUUCUGUCUCAUCUCUUGCUUCUGGUCUCUGCCAGCGUCCUAUAGAAUUCACCCCAAGAGCCCUCCGCUGGCGAUCCGUACUGCUCGCCUCCAGGCUCUAUCCCUCGUUCCAGCAUGUCAGAUGUCGCGAGGUUCGCCCCGGAGCCAGCCGUACUCCCGCCCUAUCCCGUCCGCCGAGCACUUGCUUUCCCGUCAUCUGCCCUUAAGGUCAUCAUCAAUGCCAUCUGGCACAGACUCGAGCUGCCUGAUCGGCUCAAAUUCGUCCUUGGUCUCCUUCUUGUGAUCAAUUGGCGCAGCUUUCCUUUACUAUGGCACUUCCAAAUGUUUGGGCUUGCGUACAAGUAUCGCAUGGAAAAGUUUCCUGUCAAGUCGAUUUUCUUCCCAUGGAUCAAAGACUCUUCAGCACCGCUCACCUUGCCUGGCGUAGAGCCUCAGCUCAAACUCAAUGCCCUGCCCUUGGGAAAGAAUAUCUUUGAAGAUGUCACCACGCUUCAGUUCCGUGCCUGGCCGGACGACUGCGACUGGAACAUGCACCUUUCAAACAGCUCCUAUAACAAGAGUCUCGAUUAUGUUCGGAUGGCACACAUUUAUCGAACGUUUUGUCGUUCCUGCUCCGAUGGCUCUCUCAUCGCUCUGGGAGGCGCGGCGUACACAUACCAUCGCGAAAUUCCGAUCGGCGCCAAGUAUGACAUCGAACUACGUGUUGUUACGUGGGAUGAGAAGUGGUUCUAUCUAUUGGCGCGCUUCGUGUCACCAGCGAAAAGGCCAGGUUUGGCCGACUCAAAAUCCAUUCAAAACCUCAAGCAAUUGGCAUUGGAUGCCACUUCAAAUCCUCGAGUUCCAGUGGACAAGGAGAGUGGCUCUGGCGCCAGCAGCAGCCGCAGUUCGUUCACACCGAAGGAGCGCACUGUCUACUGCACUGCCAUAUCUCGCUACGUUUUCAAGGCAAAGAGGCGAACGAUACCGCCAUGGUUCACAGUCGCGACCAGCGGUUAUGGGACGUUCGCGAGCACGAGAGAGAAUUGGACGAAGUCGGAAGUGUUGCGAAGAGACACGAUCGCUGCAGCCAAGCGUCGAAAAGGCGGGAAAGCUCUCCCGAAGGACAAUUUUUUCCUUGGCAGCGGGCCGAGAUCCGCAGGCAUUGCUUCAAGGUUCCAUGAAGCAGAAGCACGAGGCGAGGAGUGGACCAAGGCUAGGUCUUGGGAGCUUGCCGAGUUUGAGAAGGAGCGCACAGAAGGCCUCAGCCAAAUUCAGGGCGUCACGGGACAAUAUGAUUUGCAGUGACCACAUGAGAUGCGUUUGCUAUCUAGAAAUACAGAUGCUUGUGC